AUGGUGUUGGGCAUGCCGUGGCUUGCACGGCAUGAUCCUACAAUCGACUGGGAGAAGCGUACGGUCGUACGCUUCAGACGCUGCGGCGCAACAGAGAGCGAUGGCCUUGUUAGUGCAGCGGAUACACCUAACGGUGCAUCCGAAUCUCCUUCAGAGACAGUGGCUCGCGCCGCUGUCUCCGGUCGCAGCGCGAGGAGCGCGCGAGCUGUAACGACCCCGGGAGUCGUUGACAGUAAAAGUGUGUCGAGUCAGGGACCCGACACUUCCAGAAAGUUCUCCGCCGUAAGGCGUCGAGGUGACAACAGCGUGUCGACUCUGGGAGUUGACACGCGCUCGAUAUCAGAAUCGAGAAAGUUCUCCGCCGUAAGGCGUCGAGGUGACAACAGCGUGUCGACUCUGGGAGUUGACACGCGCUCGAUAUCAGAAUCAAGAAAGUUCUCCUCCGUUAGGCGUCGAGGUGACAACAGUGUGUCAGUUCUGGGAGUUGCGACACACUGUUUCACCGUGACGACAAAGCAUCGACUCCGGGAGUCGAUGCGACAAGCAGUACGGACGGUUGCAAACGCCCAGCACUAA